CUUGUUUACCAACGUUAUAAUUGUUUACAUUUUGGAUUUGAGCAAAGUUAAAUGCAAUGCUGCAAACGCCUAUCGUUCAGCCCACUUUACAUCAGCCACUGCAUUCCAAGGUGUCCAAUUACCUAAAUAAUCAACGUAGGACAGGACAGUUUUGUGAUUUGCAGCUAGAGCUGGAUUCGGAUGAUGUGUCCUGCACAUGCAGCGUGCAUUUUUGCGUGGUUGCUGCUCAAAGUCAACUCAUUGGCCUCAAUCAGCAGAAGCAACAGCAGUUCUCUAUUCAAAAUCCACUAAAAGUCACAAUACGCAACUUCAACUGCACCGUGUGCCUGCACACCAUCGUGGACUUUUUCUAUGAGGACAUUGUCUCCGUUUCCAAGGAGCAUGAAGCGCACUUUCGCGAGUUGGCGAAAAUACUUUCUGUAACCGAGUUGUUGAAUUUGUAUCAAAUAGAGCAAAGCACUGAUGUUAAUGUGGGAGUGGAGCCAACUGCCGCGAAACCGGGCGAUGUGGAGGAUGCUGUGCAGCCAGCUAACAAAGCAGAUGUGGUCUUUGAGAAUCAACAAAGCUAUUUCAAGCUCAAGAAUCCACGUGCCGUUAAGUCAAGCAGCAAAAUCAACUACUGCAUUGGCUGCGACUUUAAAUGUUAUCAGGUGCAAAAGAUGAUUGAUCACAUGACCAGCUGCGAGCCGUCCCACCUCACCUGUUCGCUCUGCGAAGUUGGCUUUCUGGAUUGGCGAGAAUAUGACUCCCACCUGCGUCGCCAUGGCUCCGAUCUUCGAAAGCCCUUCUUCUGCCUGCAGUGCGAUAACCGCUUCAGCACGCGGGCCGCUCUGCUUAUCCAUCAGCCCAAACAUACAACGGAAACACCACAUGUUUGCUCGCAUUGCGGCAAGGCCUUCAAGUGGAAACAGGGCCUGAGCAACCACAUGUUGGUGCACAAUCCCGAAAAGCAAAUGCUCUGCGAUGUCUGCGGCUACAGCACGACGCACAUGAAGGCCUUAAAGAGUCACAAGCUUCUGCAUACUGGCGAGUUCUUUGCCUGCACGGUGCCUGGCUGCAAGCAUCGGGCGAAUCGCAAGGAGAACAUGAAGCUGCACAUCGAGACACAUAAACAGGGACGAGAUUUCAUUUGCGAGAUUUGUGGCUGCAAGUUCAGCCAAAGCAAGAACCUAAAGCGACACGCCCUCAAGCAUACAGAAGGCGGCCUCAAUCGCUACAAGUGUCAGCUCUGCGGCUUUAGCAGCCAUCGAUCGGACAAAAUGAAGGAGCACGUGCAGCGUGUCCAUACAGAGCGGGCGGUGCAACUUGAACUGUCGGAAACAGUGGAUAGCUCGUUCGAAAACAAGAUGCCAGAUGAUUUUGCAUUACCGCCCCUCGAUGCUAUGCUUAGGGGCAGUGUAAAGGAGCCCAAGGCGACGGGCUCACUACGUCGCAAAAUAGCGUCAAAUGUGACAACGCCAACCGUGAAACGCUUGAAGACUUUACUGCCCAAGGAAGCUAUUAGCUAGGAGAUAUGUGAAGCUAACAG